ACAGAUAGAUAGAGAAGCAAAAAGUUUUUCUAACCUCAAAUAAAUCAAAAUAAAUUAAAGUUGAACUGUUGAACGAUUAACGAAAACACACACAAUUAAUUUAACAAUUUAAAAACAAAUUUUAUGGUGUGUUUUAUAUAAAUAAAUAAGAAAAAUGUCUGGAAAUAGAGUUGAUAAUCGUGAUAAUCGUGAUAGAUAUCGUGGAAGAAAAGAAGGUGGUGGACGUGGUGGUGGUGGUGGUGGUGAUGAUGAAAGACGUAAUCGAAAUCGUGGUCGUCAAGAUGACAGAUAUCGUGGUGAUAAAAGAGAAAGAUCACCAAGAAGACGUGAAAGAACACGUAGUAGAUCACCAAAAUAUAAUAAAAAUUAUAACAAUGAUAAUAGACAUGAACAACAACAACAUCAACAAUAUAAUCGCAAUGAUAACAAUGAACGUAAAUAUAGAAAUAAUAAUAAUGAUAAUCAUUCACGUAAAUUUAAUUUUAAUGAUAAAAAUCAAAAACAUGAAAAGUCACCAGUAUGGGGUAAAAAAAAUAUAAAGGAAGAUAAUGAAAAAAAUGAUAAAGAAAAAGAUGCACCAAAUUUUGGUUUAUCUGGUAAAUUAACUGAGGAUACAAAUACAGUUAAUGGUGUUGUUAUAAAAUAUUCAGAACCACAAGAUUCACGUAAACCAAAAAGAAGAUGGAGAUUAUAUCCAUUUAAAGGUGAAAAAGCAUUACCAACAUUAUAUGUACAUCGUCAAUCAGCAUUUUUAAUGGGACGUGAUAGAAAAAUUGCUGAUAUACCACUUGAUCAUCCAUCAUGUUCAAAACAACAUGCUGCAUUACAAUAUAGACUUGUACCAUUUAAACGUGAUAAUGGAGGUGAUGGUAAACGUGUUAGACCAUAUAUUAUUGAUCUUGAAUCAGCAAAUGGUACAUUUGUUAAUAAUGUUAAAUUAGAACCAAGAAGAUAUCAUGAAUUGCUAGAAAAAGAUGUUAUUAAAUUUGGAUUUAGCUCAAGGGAAUAUGUAUUACUACAUGAACAUAGUAAAGAUGAUGAACUUGAUGAUGAUGUUAUUGCAACAAGUGAAACAGCUACUGAAAUUCAGGAAGCAACAUGAUUCUCAUAAAAUAAUUGUACUUGAUUUUUCGAAUCGAUUACACAGUGGGAACGAAAAAAAUCAAGUCUGGUAUGGUUUAAUUAAUUGGCUUUAUAUUAAAAACAAAUAAAAGGUAAUUUAAUUAAAAUGAAAUAUCAGAAAUUUAAAUAGACAUAUUGUUAAUUAUUAUGGUAAUAAUUUUUUUAGGAUUUUGUUGAUGAAAUUUCGAGUAUAUUUUUACAGGUAACUGUUGUAAUUUUUAGAUACCUGUAAAAUUAUUAUCAUAUUGAAAUUACAAAAGUAAAACUCAUUGCAAAAUAUUUUUUGAAACUUCAGUAUUUCAUCAACAAUGCAUUCUACUUUUUUUUUUUUUUUAAUCUGUAAUUACUAAUUACCAAAAAAAUAACAAAAUUUUGUGACCUCAAUUUCACUGAGUGUAAAAAAUAAAAUAAAACAAAAAAAGGCAAAUAACUUUUUAAAGCUGUUAAUCAACAAAUCAAUGUUUAAAAUUUUUUUUUUUUUGUGAAUUUAAUACUGUAAAAAAAAAUAGUUGUAAUUUUAUCAAUUUACAUUUUAGUUUGACUAUUUUAUUUAUUAAACAAUGAUUUUUUUUUUUUUUAAAUUCAAUUUAACAAUUUUAAAUAAAUAAACAUUUAAUUUUAAUUAAUUAUUAA